UGCGCAAAGAACGAAAACUGGUCUUUUCGCAGUUAUGGGCUCUGGCACGCUCUGGUGAACUGUAGUAUAUAUACAUAGUUUGGGACAGUGGUAAUUUAUUAUAAUUUUAUGCAAUUUUAACAUUUAACAAAUUUAUACGUGUUUUGUAAAUAAAUAUAAAAGGCUGUUAUAAAAAUGGCACAAAAUGGUAUUUUUGUAGAAACUAAUUCUAAAUGUGAUAUCAACAAUAAAAACAAAAGAUAUAUAGAGUGGGAUGAAUACUUUAUGGGAAUUGCUUUUUUGGCGGCAAAACGUAGUAAAGAUCCCAGAACUCAAGUUGGUGCAUGUAUAGUAAAUGAUGAAAAAAGAAUUCUAGGCAUUGGAUAUAAUGGAAUGCCUACUGGUUGUAGCGAUGAUGAAUUUCCAUGGGGAAAGGAUUAUAAUGAUAAAUUACAAGACAAGUCUUAUUAUGUAUGUCAUGCAGAAGUUAAUGCUGUCUUAAAUAAGAAUUGCAGUGAUGUUAAAAAUUGUUCCAUUUAUGUGGCCCUUUUCCCAUGUAAUGAAUGUGCUAAAGUACUAAUACAAUCUGGAAUAAAAUUAGUUGUGUACAUGUCUGAUAAACAAGCUCAUAAAAAUGAAAUCGUAGCUGCAAAAAGAAUGUUUGAUGCAGCAGGUGUUAAAUAUAGGCAAUAUAUUCCAAAAAAUCAACAGAUUGUAAUUGAUUUUUCUGAGAUUGAUAAAAAUGACAAGAUCCAAGAACUUUCAAAAAAACUUGAGAGUAUAUGAACAUACUUAGAUAAUAAAAAUAAUAUAAUAAUAAUGUUAAUGUUUAUAAUAAACAGUAUUUUUAUAAUA